AUUGCAGUGAAAAAACCGGGGGAAGAUCUGAAAGAAACAACAACACGGACGACGAGUCUCAUUGAAGUGUGUAGUCGUCAGUAGAGAAGAAGGAGGAGGACACACACGAAGAAAAGAGAGAAGAAGCUGACAGAAAAAAAGGAAGGGGACAAAAGUGACAAGGUCACACUGCGUCGUCGGAAGAGUUGGACGCCCCGCUAGAUGGCUUUCCGCAGAAGGGGAAGCGGCGACUCGAAUUUCAGUCAUCACGAUGAGCUGGAACUUGAAGCCGGAAACCGGGAAACAUUACGCAGGGACGCAGAGAGGCAGGCGGCUUUGCAAUUGGAAAGAGCCAAGUAUAAACCGGUGGCAUUCGCUGUAUGUACAAAUGUAGAAUAUGAUGGAAGUGUGGACGAUGAUUCGCCGGUUCACGGAUGUGCAGUUUCGUUUAAAGUCAAGGAUUUUCUGCAUAUUAAAGAGAAAUACAACAACGAUUGGUGGAUUGGUAGAUUGGUGAAAGAAGGCCAUGAUCUAGGCUUCAUCCCAUCGCCAGUCAAACUCGAAUCCUUGCGACAACAGACGGCCAAGUCGGGCAAAUUCAAGCAAUCGACAUCUGCAACUAAUCUCGGAGCACUGGAUAACAUGAUGCCAAGAAGUGGAUCACGGGGUUCGACUCCUCCGACGCCUGACGACGAUGAGUAUAAUGCAAAGAAAAUGACAAAUAUCGUUACGACGCCUCCAACAAAAGAGAAGAAAAAGUUAAUAUUCAAGAAAGUGCAACAAGAAAAUGUCCCACCGUAUGAUGUUGUACCAUCAAUGAGGCCAGUUGUACUAGUUGGGCCAUCUCUUAAAGGAUAUGAAGUCACUGAUAUGAUGCAGAAAGCUGUUUUCGAUUAUUUGAAGCAUCGAUUUGAGGGGAGAAUAAUCAUCACCCGAGUUACUGCAGACAUCUCAUUGGCAAAGCGAAGUCUUCUCAACAAUCCGAAUAAGCGAGCAAUGAUGGAAAGGGCAAACUCGAGAACUAGCAACAGUUUGGCGGAAAUUCAAACUGAAAUCGAAAGAAUUUUCGAGCUGGCUCGUUCGAUGCAACUGGUGGUACUUGAUUGUGACACUAUCAAUCAUCCAUCUCAAUUAGCAAAGACAAGUCUUGCUCCAAUUCAUGUUUAUAUCAAAAUUUCUAGUCCAAAAGUUCUUCAACGACUCAUCAAAUCGCGUGGAAAAUCGCAAUCCCGGAAUAUGAACGUGCAAAUGGUGGCCGCAGAAAAGCUGGCCCAGUGCCAAGCAGAGCUCUUCGACGUUCUGCUCGACGAGAAUCAACUGGAAGAUGCGUGUGAGCAUCUUGCAGAUUUUAUGGAAGCCUACUGGAGAGCCACACAUCCGCCAGUCAGGUCACCGCCUAGAAUAAAAAGAAAUCCAAUGGAAAACCGAGGACCGAGCACGUUGUUCACGCCGGCGCAGAUGAUGCAGGGUUUCCAAGGAAACGCCGGUCAACUGCCACCGCAACUCCAACCUCAACAAUCCAUAGCCUCAAUGUCACAAAUGGGUGGACCAAUGGGAUCCAUGAAUCCUCCGUACUUGGCACCCCCAAUGCAAAGUGGUCGUCCAGGAAUGCCAAGUAUAAGUGUACAACAGGCAACUGGUUCCUACGGUGGAAUGCAGCAGCAACCACAACAGCAACAACCAAUGCAAUCAGCUCCACCACCAGCACCUCAACGACAAACAUCAUAUGAUCGGCAUGGAUUUGAUGAAUACGACGAUAUGGAUAUGUCACAUCAAUAUGAAAGAGGUACGUACAGGUACUAGGUGCCUGUAUAUUCAAUUGUAUGUUUUCUUGUGAACAAUCACUGAUUCGAAUUCCUUUCUUGAUCAUUUUCAAUAUCUCUAUCUAUCUCUUUCUCUCUUUCUUCGCAACAAAUGGCAUCUUCUUCGAAUUGCUCCGAGUUUUUGAACAUCACACCCCCCACAAAAAGUACGAGUCGGUUUUUUUUCUAGAAACUAUUUUUCCUUUUUUUUUUUCUUUUAUGAUGUUUUUGUAUUUUAUAUGUAUACCUCUAUUUUUUGAUUGUAAUCUAUUAAAUAUUUUAAUUUUCAAAUAUAUAAUUUUUUUUCU